AUGAAANAGAACACCGCUUUCAUUAAGCGUCUACGAACCGCCAUCAACGCUGCUGGCCAGGCCGUCUUCCUGCAGGAAAUAUGCACCCUCUCUCUACACAAAUACCUGUCUGAAAUCAUCUCUGCCUGCUUCGAAGGUCUCACCAAACUCAAGACUCCUGGAGAAAUCGCUGCUGGUGUUGAAAUCGUCUCCGCUCUUCACCAACGAUUUGGUCCUGAUGAAUUCACAAAGAUGCUCGGCUGGUUCAUCGGCCGUGGCCUUGCUACACCUGACAGAGCUCAGUUGAAGGCUUUGGCUCAAGACGUACGGGAAAGGGAAGAGAAGGAGCGAAUCUCAAGACAGCGCAUCCUUUUGCGCGUAGCUACUGAGUUGUGGCUGGUCGGUGUCUUGCGUAGUUUGGAAGAUAUUGCUCGCCCUGAAGAAGCCAACAAGUUGAAAGAGUCGGGAAAGCCUGUCGAAACCUUGCCUAAGGCCAGAACAACCCGGUCCGACUCUGCAGACCCGGAACCUUUCCCUCUGGAAGUGCUCAAGGAUAUGCUGGGCCACGAUCGCGAGCAUGUCAAUCUGCCUCUGGUUGUCAUCUUUGUCAAGAGUUUUGCCUGGGAUAUCUUGGCUUCAAAGUCCACACAGGAUGGUCGCAAGACUGUUGCCGAAGAUGGCUCGACCGCCACGACCGGCUCUACAGACGAGGUUGAUGGCGAUGCAAACGGGACUCAAGACCCUCCGCUAUGUGCUCCCGAUAUGCAGCAGCGGUUUAAGAACAUCCUCAGCCGCUACUUCCAGGAUGUCAAGGUACACAUAGUUCGUGACCAGAAACAUCUCAGCGCCCAAGGACGCCGCAACGCCGAAGCAUACGUCAAGUCUGGAGAAGUCUUCGAGGAUCGCCAAACCAACUUUGAGAAAUUGACAAAAUCUCACGAGAAGUUGGUCUCGAACGCUCAGGUCCUGGCAGAUGCACUAGGUGAGGACAUGCCAGAUCUUUCUGAGAAGGAAUCGAACAAUGCUGGUGGUGAUGGAGGUAUUGGCCUGGUCAAGACUGGCGAAUAUCUGCGUGGCCAAGGCGAAGGUGCUGGCAUCUGGGAGGACGAAGAAGAGAGACGCUUCUACGAAAACUUGAUCGAUCUCAAGGACAGAGUACCUGGAAUCUUGCUUGAGGAUGGCAAGAAGAAGAAAUCUGACGGCGAUGAUCAAGUGGGUAAGAGGGUGGACGAGGCAUCCGAGGUCAAGGACAAGUCUGAGGGCGCAGAGCCCAAGGUAGCAGAGGGUGAUGACCAGUCAACUGCUAUUGCCAACAAGACAGUUGGUGCACAGGUUGAUGCCUUGCUUGCUCAGCUAGUCGAUUUGACCAACAAAGACCAAGUCGAUCAAUUCGCGAUCGACUUCUGCUUCUUGAACUCCAAGGCUUCUCGAAACCGCUUGGUGAGAGCUAUCCAGGACAUUCCCAAAGGCAGGACCGAUUUGUUACCUCUAUACUCACGUCUUGUCGCUACUCUCGGCAAGCAUCUUGUUGACGUUCCGCAAGCACUAAUCGCCUACCUCGAUGAGGNNGAGUUCAGAAGUCUGCAACGCCGCAAGUCAAAGGACUUCCUCGGACAAGUCCGUAUGGUCAACAUCAGAUACAUUGCCGAGCUCACCAAAUUUGGCGUUGUUCCUGAGCAUGUCAUCUUUCAUUGUCUGAAGGUCAGCUUGGACGAUUUCUCACGCAUGAACAUUGAGAUCAUCUCAAACCUUCUCGAGAACUGUGGUCGCUACCUUCUCCGCAACCCAGACACUUCACCCAGGAUGGCUUCUUUCUUGGAGACUUUGCAGCGCAAGAAGGGUGCUCAGCAUCUUGGACAGCAAGAGCGCAUGCUUAUCGAGAAUGCUAUGUACUACGUCAACCCACCAGAGCGAGCAGCCAUCCAACAGAAGGAGCGUACUCCUCUGGAGCUAUAUGUGCGUAAACUGAUCUACUUGGACCUGUCGAAGCGCUCUCUUGAGAAAGUCAUCAAGCAAAUUCGAAAGCUACACUGGGAGGAGCCAGAGGUCCCAGAACUACUUCGCAAGAUCUUCACCAAGCCCGGCAAAAUUAAGUAUAGUAAUAUUCAUCUGUUGGCUGUCAUUCUUGGAGCGCUGCACCGCUAUCACCAGAACUUCACUGUCUCUGUGCUUGACGACAUCCUCGAGCAGAUAACAGUUGGACUUGAGACCAACGACUUCAAGCAGAACCAGAAGCGCAUUGCCGAGGUCAAGUAUCUUGGAGAGUUGUACGUCUACCGCAUGGUCGAUUCUGCACUCAUCUUCGAUACGCUAUACCACGUCGUGAACUGCGGUCAUCCAGGUGGCUUCGCUCGCCCUGGCUCCUACAACAUGCUUGACCUGCCGGAUGAUUAUUUCCGCAUCAGACUUGUGGCUAGUCUUCUCGAGACCUGCGGCAUGUACUUUGACAAGGGUGCUGUGAAGAAGAAGCUCGACUUUUUCUUGUCGUUCUUCCAGUACUACAUUCAGACCAAGGAGCCGAUGCCCAUGGAUGUCGAAUUUGUUGUUCAAGACAUGUUCGCUCUACUGCGACCUCAAUGGAAGAUUGCUACAACUUUCGAAGAAGCACAGCAAGUCUUCAGCGAUGCUGUCAAACACAACUACCAGACGACCGGAUCCAACAAGCAGCAAGAAGAACAAGAAGAAGAGGAAGAGGAGGAUGGCCGUGGUAUUGACGACGUCAACAAUGAUGAUGGCGAAGACGACAAAUCCUCUGGAGAUGAAGCCGCAGAGCCCACCGAUGACGAGGGUGCUGCAGAAACUCCAGAGGAAGAUUCUGAAGAGGAAGAAGAGCACAUCAUCGUGACUCGCCCCGAGGAUCAACGUGAUCCUGAGGCAGAUGCUGAGUUUGAUAGAGAGCUGGCCAAGAUGAUGGCAGACAGUGUCGAGUCGCGCAAGUUUGACCGCAAGCCUGUCUUUGACGUCCCCUUGCCGAUGCGUAAGACUGCUACUGCUACGUCAACUCCUAACAGUGAACCAAGUCAGCCCGUUGAAGCUCCUUCAAACACGAUGAAGUUUGCACUUCUCAGCAGAAAAGGAAACAAACCACAGGCAAGACUUCUGAUUCAACUCUCUGUACUUGCGAAGCGCCUGUAUGCUAACUUACAUAGANCUCGCUCUAUUGACCUGCCUUCAGACUCGAACUUCGCGGUUGCCAUGCGUAGCCAGCAAGAGCAAGCUCGUGCAGAGCAGCAACGCAUCAAGAACCUGGUCCUCAACUAUGACCUCCGCGACGAGGACCCUAACGAUGGUGAAUCAUCCUUCCACUAUGUUUUGCAGCCCAACAAGAACCGUACGGUUCUCGUAGGCAAAGGUGCCUUGAACCAACCACUGCUACCUAGGGAUUCCAACAAUCCUGGGGUUGCAAACACAUCCAACACAUCGAGAUCAAGCAGCCAUGGCAAUAUCAACACUGCUCAUGGUAUAAGUCUUCAUACACCUUCUCCCCCUUCCGCGAUCACAUCCUCUUACGUCUGCACUCGCAAUAACAACAACGAGAAUUCAAAGCUCGGAAUCACCACAUCAACCACAGAUGCUAACUCAUCCUCUUCUAAAUCCACAGCAGCACUAGAUGCACAAUCUCCCUACAAUCAACCUCGUAUCGACAAGUCGGGAACUUCACGCAACGUCACAAGAAGCAGAAAGCUGCAGCUCAGUGAUGUCGACUGGUAUGCCAAAACUUCCUCCAACCCCCAAGCACCAUCAUCGCAGAAAGAGAAGCCAGAAACUCAGUUGAGCUUGGAGUCAUACAUUGUCACCAGCAAGAAGCAGAAGAAGACUUUUGAGAAGAAGAACAAAGGUCCUGAUGCCCUUGGCAACUCUUGA